UUUCAUUUCGGGCGUGCUGCGCCUACUGAAGCUUGCCAAAUCCUAAAUUUGACUUUGCAUUAUUCACCAAACCUAUUCGGGUCAACGAAUUGUGAUGUCAGCUCGAAGACAUUCCAUAUCACUUCGGACCGCAAGCGUUUUCGCUGAAGUUUUAGCCGAUCUUUCUUGUUUGAAAAGAUUAAUUCUAUCUCUAAUAUUUUGUUUUGACGAGUCGCUUAUUGGAGGAAAGGAUGUGCAAGUAGACACCUGUUUUGCCACCAUAAAAAGGUAAUGUGUACUUCAUAACAAUCGACUGUACAUGCUCCAAGUUAAAUCUAGUAAACUAAGAAUGAAAAAGUGCUGCGAUAUUUUGACCAUAUUUUACUAAUCACGUGAAAUCUAAGGGUUAAAAUGAUCUCCUGCAAACAUCUAGACUUAAACUUAGCUUUCGUGAAAGGAUGAUUAAUUUUGCGUAGUUGUCAAAAACGCCCUGCUGUCAUUUCACCUGUUCGUUUUGUUUAAAUAUAGAAAUUAUUUUAACCCAGAUUUAGAUAAGUUUUAUUUUGUGGACACCCCUGCCCUAAAGCGGAAUUCACUUUGAAUUUAUUCCUCUUUUGAUAGAUGGGGAAUGCAGUUUUUUGGUAGCAUAGGAGCUGAAAAUGCACAAGAAGAAAGCGGGGAAGUUUUUGUUUAUUCCUGAUAAUUUGGUGGUUGUACUGUUCUUGAUUGCCCUUAUAAACAUUGCUUCAACGGUGGAUUUACGCAAAUCAUUACCAGGCAAGGGUAAGUGGCACUUAGUUUCCACUUAAUCAAAAGUAGAUGUAACACGAUACCGUCAAUCCAAGUGAAUUUCCAGCAUGAAACAUUGUCCAGGUGUCUUCAAGGAAUUAGUAAAGCUACCAAAACCGAUUUACUCGAGAAAGGGUGGAGACGAUCAUAGAAUGAGGUGAAUAAUUGGAUCGAUAUGGCGCUCUUAAUCGCCAAAACAGACAGCGUUAGGCACUUCAGAGGAGAAAAAAGUAGAAUUAAGCAUUUCAACACAACAGGGAAAUUAGUGAAUGAGCUGGCAUGUGGUUGUUCAGGUUAGUUAUUGUAGGUGCAAGGCGCGCAGGGCGUGCGCAAGUUGAAAUGCCACGCUCAGUUGAUCAAGACCCAACUUACUACGACUUUAUAUAUCUAGUCUGAUAAUCCUUUCAAUUCUCCGCACUGUUUGCCUGACAUUUCUCAUGCUUUUAGAUAGAGUUUGGUGUUAAAUCAAACGAUAUACCCCAGAUAAUAUUUUUUUCUUAAUACUCAUUGCUUUUCUGUGUAAAAAUGUACUGAUAUUUAAGAUCAAUGUCAUUACCUGAGCAUCUACGCACUUACCCCUUCCCUAACGCAACAAAACUCAACUAAUGACAAGUUGAGGUUGAUGUUGGGUUAGGGGAGGGGUAGGUGCGCAGUUUCUCAGAUACUGACAUCGAUCCGACAUUACAACGAGAAAUUUUACUCCUGGGGGUGGAGGGGUUAAGCAAUAGGCGUUAACGGAUAUGGAGACAUUGCUUGAUUUGCCAAAAUUAUUGCAAUAGUGCAUGGUUGUGAAAUGAAUUGGGGUCUUAAACUUACAGAAAAAGCGCCAGACUUGGAUACCAUUAUAGAGUCUCUUAUUCCUGAGGAAAAAAGGACAGUGAAGAGGCAACAAGGCAAGGGUAAGUGAUUUAUCUAAGUUUGAAAGCGUUGCAUUCGGUAUUGUGUUCCUUGAGGGGCUUGUUAGAUACUUUUUAAAGUCAUGCUGGCUUAUUUCAACAUUCACUGGUCGUAUAAUCAAUUGGUCUAUUCAUUCGUUCACCUUUCCCUUGAUCAAUAAUUAUACCUAAAGCCUUUUGACAGUGUGCCUAAAACAUUUUUACACUAGAUGUUCCAGAUGACAGUGAUAGCGACAAUGAAGAAAUAAACGAGCUCAGCCGCCUCCAAGACCCAGGAAGUCAGGACCAGCAGGUUGGUGGAGCUAUCAAUGAAGGCGAUGCAGGAAAGAUCAAGCCCACGAUUGACAACUCCAUGGUACCGAGUGAUCAAAACCAGUCUUCCUCAGAUACAUUAGCUAAUAUAAGUGAAUUUCUCAAAACCAAGGAAGGUGAAACUACAGUUCCAGGUAACCAAGUCCAGUUCGUUUGCCAUUGUUGUUCACGUGUUAUACUGAUUUAUGAGUUUAAUUAGGAAUCUUUGGGGGAAUUAACCUCUAAGAGUGACUAAUAUCUUAUUUCUUCUUACAAUCACCACUGAAUCAAAAAUUAAGGUCACAAUUUUUAAGGAAAUGAUCACCACCUCCAGAAGAUCUUGAUUGCUAAACAAAUUCUUCCUGUCAGAGUCUUAGGAAAAGUAUGAAGAACAGUAUGGAGAUUAUAAAUACUGAUGUUAAGGUGAAAUGGUUAAAACACUUAGAAAAGUUUGUCUUGCUUUCUCUCUGUUUUAUUAUAGUCGAUGGCGACUUCACUCUCUGGACCACGUGGUCGUCGUGUCCUCGUGCCUGUGGAAGAACUGCGUUGAGAUCACGUGAGCGGUAUUGCACCAAUCCAGCGCCCGCAAAUGGCGGGAGAAACUGUGAGGGACCGCGCUUUCAACUUAAGCUCUGUAAACUGAAGCAGUGUACAGGUAUGUAGGCAUAUCAACUGGGAGGCUUUCGAAAUACCUUUCUCCUACAUCUUUAGCUCUUCCCGUAUUCAGUAGGAGGAUAAAUACGAACAGGAUUGGAUCAUUUCACAUUCAUUCCUUAUAUGGUUUUCCUCUUGACACGACUUAGUUGACGGUGGCUAUUCGGAAUGGUCGGAUUGGACUUCUUGCUCUCAGAAAUGUGGACAGGGAAUGAAGAGACGACGACGGUAUUGUAACAACCCGACACCAGCCAACGGGGGACAGAAAUGCAAAGGAGCAAGGAAGCAAGUUAAACCUUGCUAUGGUAAAAAAUGCCAAGGUUCGUGUUAUAACUCUUUUUACACUCCUUACAAUUAGAGGUAACAACUAAGGUAAUUUUUUUUACUAAAUAUAAUACCAAUGCACUUGUGGGAGAAACUGUGUUGAUCAACUUUUUUUGGAUGGAAAUGAAAAGCAUUGCUCUAGGAUACAUGUUCUAGUCAUUGGAUGUUGACAUUUUGUUUGUAAAAAAAGAAAAUAAUCACGCGCCCAACGUGGGGCUCGAACCCACGACCCUGAGAUUAAGAGUCUCAUGCUCUACCGACUGAGCUAGCCGGGCUGUAUUCUUAAAAGAUGAGUUACUAAACUGGUAUUUGUCGAUCUUCGCCAAAGUUUAAAGUUAUGAAGUUCAGAGAUUAAAAAAAAAAAAAGGAAUUUUAUAGAAUGGGAAAACGCAUAACUAUUCUGUACAUCACCUUUCAGAUCAAGAUUCCAUUGUGGAUAUAGACCCCCAGACAGUGUGUGGUUACAAUCCAUGUAGGGUGGCAAAGUGCAUAUUAUUACCUUAUGCUACAUGUGUCAGUGACUUUAAAUGUCGGCCGGUGUUCUUCGACUCUGAGGAGAGGAAAGUUUCGCAGUGUACAGGUAAUAUUUUGUUAGUUUCUUCUUUUGAGUUCAACGAUGAUGAAGAACUCAGCUAAAUGCAUUUUCUUUGUGCUCGUCAGGUGAUAACUUGUACCUAAACGUGGACCCACAGGCCGUGUGUCGUUUCAAUCCAUGCAAAUACACCACGUGUAUUCAAGGCGCGGCUGCUAAGUGUGUUGUGAACACAAGAUGCCAUCCAGUUUUCCUUGACGCCUUUGGGAAGACCAUCAAAUGCAAAGGUGUGGUGGCAUUUCAAGCAAGUGUCUAUUUUUUUUUCAGCACAGGAUAAUUACUUCUAUUUUGGAAGUCGCAACUCCUAAAGGCAAAAAUUUUAAUCGCACAAUCUAGAUUUCAAAAACGACGGUCCCUGAUUGACCACUUCUGCUAAAAUGAAGCAUAUUCAAAAUUGUCUAAUUCUUAAAUAUGAAAAGAUUAAAAAAACAUUUUAUAACAAAAAUUUAAAUGCGCCCAACGUGGGGCUCGAACCCACGACCCUGAGAUUAAGAGUCUCAUGCUCUACCGACUGAGCUAGCCGGGCACAGAUGUAAAAGUAACCGCAAAAUUAAAAUCCGUUUUAUCACCGAAUAUUCUCCUCGUGUGAUAACCGGAGGUUUGUUACUUACUCGACGUAAAACCUGAAUACUCCUUAACUGAUAGGAAAAUUUUUUUUUACUUUUGUGACUCCGAUUAAUAGAAAAUUUAUCUCCAUUAUAUCCAACACUUCAGCUGUCAAAUCUACUUCAUUUUCUGUAAUGACUUUCACAGAGUGAUACGUCAAAUCUUACUUGAAAAGAAACUAUAACCUAUAGUCUAAGAAAUCCAACAUAAUCCGAAAAAUAACGCCGAUUUUCCCAUGUUGUUUGGGUGUCUACCAACAGGGGUAUUCAAGGUUCCUGCCAGGUACAUUUGUGGAUAUGACCCCUGCAGUGGAGCCGUUUGUAAAGCCGAUCCCACUGCACGCUGUUUGGUAGAACACACAUGUAAAGCAAUGUUCGUCAACUCGUAUAAUCAACGUAUGGAGGGCUGUAAAGGUCAGUAAAUACACCCAUAGCAAAGUCUUCUCUAAAGAACUUAAGGGUGUUUAGUGACGGAGUAUAAUAACAAUAACAGGAAAGUUGAAACUUGCUGUUGUGUUAGUUAACAGAUUUUAUGAUACGCAGCUAUGAUUAGAAGACAUAUCCCGCCCCUAUUUUGUGAAAAAAAAUUGCUUUUUUUAGCGAGUUUCUUAUUGUAAGGAGUUAAAAAUACAUUAAGAGCAGUUAACAUAUGUGGCCUCCAUGAUAGUCAUUUACCUUUAAAUACAAGGUAAAGUCGUGUUCUUUUACGAUUUUGAAAAUAUAUCAACACUUCAACGUAAGUUGAAGUACCACCAAUAUACACCAUAAUAACGACAAAAUUCUCAACCAACAAACAACAUAAUAAUUUUUUUUCAUUUUAAGCUCGACACCAUGUUGCCAAGGAAGAAGAUGAAGAAGAGGAACAGGUGAACGAUGACGAUAACAAUGAUGAUGACGACGGAUCCCGAAUCAGCAAGCUGAUGAGUUCGAAACAUGGCGUCGGCGUAAGCAAAGAUAAUAAUGAUGAGGAGGAGGAGGAGGAUGAAGAUGGGACAAACUUAGCCAAAUUAAUAGGUUCAAAGGUGAAGGUCAGGAAAAAAGGAAGCGAUGACGAUGAAGAUGACGAUGACGAUGGAAUCCGUAUCAGUAAGCUGAUGAAUUCCCAGCUUAACCUCAGCGAUAAAGAUGAUAACGAUGAUGAUAAAGUUCAAGACAGUGAACAAGAAGCAACAGAGGAAAGUGAGACUGACGUCAGAAGUAAACUUCCGUCAAGAUUUAAGCGUCCAACACGAAAGGAGAUCGAGAAGCACAAGAAAAACAGAUUUAAACACAGACAAUUAAAUUACAGUAAAUCUCAUCAUAAACGCUGGUUAGGCAAUGCAAGAUAAUCAGAUCAGAUUUGUAGUAGCUAGUGUUUUUAAUUUGAAUGGCGAUUUGUAAUUUGCGACCAAAGUUUGGUUUGCACGAUGCAUACUAAGUGCCAUUGUCAAUGCUGUUGCAAUGCGCCACCUUUUUAGCCCUUCAAUGACUCAUGACCGGUCUCAAGAUAAGCAGGAAGCUGUAGAAAAAUUAUCAACAUGGAAACAAUCACUUAUAACACGAUCUGAGAACUAACAUACAGAGAAAUAACAGCAAAUGAGGAGCUGCUCGGGAAAAACAAUAAACAGAUCUGACAAGUUACAGGGGAAAAAACAGGAAACAGAACCGUUUUCAUUUGAUCAUUUAAUUGUUAUUAUUUUAGUCUUUUAUAUUACCAAUAUUAUCAACCAUGAGAAGUCUUUCCCCAUUUCUUUUAAAAGCAAUUGUACAAGUGAAGUUCUUGUUAAAACUACACAAAAAAUUGUCGAGUUUUACAGGUAGUCACGGCGUUUUAGAUGAUAUUGGAGAGCAAAAUCAUGAGCGCAGCGAGAAACUGUGAAGAAUCUCUCCAUUUUAACGUUUACUUUGUAUUUUUCACAGAUUUAAGUGAUGAACACUUGC